UAUUUUAAUAAUGUCCACAAGUCCAGAAUUUGAUAUCCGCCUCAUUGAGAUGGUGCGUGCCAAUCCCGGCUUAUACGAAGAGGAUCUGCGUCAAGCACCCUACUACACGCGCAGGAAGCGGAAAACGGAACUCUGGUGCAGCAUUGCAACAUCCCUAAAAACGGACGUCAGUGCAUGCAUAACACGCUGGAAUUAUAUUAGAGAAAAAAUGCGCAAGGAACAGCUCAAGCCGAACUCCGACUGGAGUCUAUUGCCAAAACUGCGCUUUAUUCGGCAACAUAAACACGGAAGCAGCAGCACCAAUCAUCACAAGGAGCACCAACAACAGACGCAGGCAGUGAAUCCCGUUGAUUGGUGCGCCCUCAGUCCUGGCCAGCUAAUUGAACACAACGUGGAGGACGACAUACUGCAGGAGGCAAUGGAUGAACAGCAUGUGACAGCAACAAUUGUUAUUCCACCUACAACAACAACAACAACCACAGCAAGUUCAACUGGCGAUGAUCCCAUGAAGCGAAUUGAGGCAUUGUUGCAAGGCUUGGGCGUUAAUCGCUCCAAGGCAGAGAAGAAAAUCCUUGCCUAUUUGUGCAAAUGCAAUUUGCGUGCGCUUAACGAGGAGCAAAUUGAUGACAUAUUUAUUUAAGCCAGAUCUCAAACAAACAGAAAAAGAAACGCACUGAUUAAUUUUAAUAUACUAACAUGUGUAAUGGAUUUUUGGGUUGGACGCAAAAAUCGAAGUCGGAAGCCAAAAAACCAACUCCUCCUAUGACGCAGUUGGUUGAAGGCGCCUCUUGUUGUUGCUGCCGUUUUUUGUUGUUGUUGGUCAAAGAGUGCGCGCGCAAGCAAUAACAUGUCCAAUAGCCAUGUCUGGCAACUGGGUGGGUGGCAUUUGGGUGUUUCGGGGUUAGACGAGACGCCAAACAAGGCAUUUAGUUUAUUAAUUUUUAUGACUCCUGCCCUGUGCCGUCGCCACUAUAGACAGAAAACCAAUGCCCACCCCUAUCGACCCGUUAUCAGCCCCCGCUACUGAACACUACUACUCUGCCAGUUAAUAUGAGCUACUACUAUUACUACUACUAUUGCUGCUUCUGUAUACUCCAUGCCCUGAAGCCGCCACCUUUCUAAAGUUGAUGUGGUAGGUAGUAGUAGUUGUAGAGCGCAUUAACACCACAUUAUCGAUUGAUUUUGGGCAAAAAGCACGCACAAAAAUCGAUAAGCAUGCAAAGGCAAUGCAAAUUAAUAUACCAUGUACUGUUCAAAAUGUUAAACGCUUCAUUAGCAGUACAAAUUAAUCACGAUGACUUUGUU